AUGUACUCCAGCCGGUCAGUCACCGCCUUGACAAGGUGUCUCACCCGACACCGCUGCGCGCCCUCCAAAUCAAGCAGACUCGCCACAGCGGCAAUCUCACUCAAUGCAACGGCAACAAGAACCUUUUCAAACCGCCCCACCAUCCCUACCACUGUGCUCCCUUCGGAAAGCUCAGCUGCCCGCCCUCAAGCACGUUCCUUCCACCACCCCACCUCCUCCUACUGGUCCAACCCCACCAUCACCUCUUACAACACUUGCCGCCGGAGCACCAAAAUCAACAUAUUUGAAAACAGCUCCCUCCCAUCCCACCGUCUCUUUCACACCACAUCCAUACACCCCAGAAUCCCCCAAUUGAACAAAAUGGCUCCUAAGGAAUUCCGUCUUCUCUGCCUCGAGAACCCUCUGCUUGACAUCCAAGCAGUCGGCGACGAGGCUCUCCUCGAAAAGUACGGCCUCAAGGCUAACGACGCUAUUCUUGCCGAAGAGAAGCAUCUGGGCAUCUACGAGGACCUACUCAACAACUACGACGCUAAGCUUAUCGCCGGUGGUGCCGCUCAGAACACCGCCCGUGGAGCUCAGUACAUUCUCUCCCCCAACUCCGUUGUCUACCUUGGUGGCGUUGGCGACGAUAAGUACGCCUCCAUUCUUCAGGAUGCCGUCAAGACCGCCGGCCUCCGCGUUGAGUACCGUGUCGACCCCAAGAUCCCCACUGGCCGCUGCGGUGUUGUCAUUACCGGCCACAACCGUUCCAUGUGCACCGACCUCGGUGCCGCUAACCACUACGACCUUGAGCAUCUUACUCGCCCAGAUGUCUGGGCUCUCGUUGAGGGUGCUCAGGCCUACUACAUCGGCGGCUACCACUUCACCGUCUGCCCCCCCGCCAUCCAGAAGCUCGCUGAGGAGGCCGCCAAGAACAACAAGAUCUUCGCCGUGAGCCUGUCUGCCCCCUUCAUUCCCCAGUUCUUCAAGGACCCUCUUGAUGCCAGCGCCCCUUACUGGGACUACGUUAUCGGCAACGAGACUGAGGCUGCCGCCUACGCCGAGUCUCACAACGUCGGUACCACCGACCUCAAGGAGAUCGCCAAGCACCUGGCCAACCUCCCCAAGGAGAACAAGCAGCGCAAGCGUGUUGCCAUCAUCACACAGGGAACCGACCCUACUCUCGUUGCCGUCCAGGGCGAGGACAACGUCAAGGAGUACCCCGUCAAGCCCAUUGCCAAGGAGCAAAUCAACGACACCAACGGUGCUGGUGACGCCUUUGCUGGCGGUCUCAUGGCUGGUCUCGUUGACGGCAAGUCUCUUGACGAGUCCAUCGAUAUGGGCCAGUGGUUGGCUAAGCUCAGCAUUCAGGAGCUUGGUCCUUCUUACCCCUUCCCCAAGCAGACGUAUUCGUCUUCUUAA